CUUCGCCUCCUUCCGAAGAGGCGCGGAGCCGGGCCGCUCCGCUCCGCUCCGCCGGGGCCGGGGCGGCGCGAUGAAGGGGCGGCGGCGGUGGCGGGGGCAGCGCCGCCGCUUCGCCGCGGUGCUGGUGCUGUACACGCUGCUGCUGCUGCUGCUGGUGCCCUACUUGCUGGACUACGGGGCCAGGAGGGGGCGUGCGGACGAGGAGCCGCUGCUGCGCCGCUGCCCCAGCCUGGAGGAGGCGCUGAGCGAGUGGGGCUGGGAGCAGCGGCCGCCGCUGGAGCCCGACGACGAGGAGGAGGAGGUCGGCGGAGGCACGGCCGGCGCGGCGGCGGGCAACGGCAGCGGGUCGGCGGCGAGGAAGCGGCACAUCUACCUGCACGCCACUUGGCGCACGGGCUCGUCCUUCCUGGGGGAGCUGUUCAACCAGCACCCCGACGUCUUCUACCUGUACGAGCCCAUGUGGCACCUGUGGCAGGCGCUGUACCCGGGCGACGCGCUGAGCCUGCAGGGCGCCCUGCGCGACAUGGUGCGCGCCCUCUUCCGCUGCGACUUCUCCGUGCUGCGCCUCUACGCCGCGCCGCCCGGCCCCCGCGACCCGCUGGGCCCCGCGCCGCCCGGCGGCGGCGGCAACCUCACCACGGCCGGCAUCUUCGGCUGGCGGACCAACAAGGUGAUCUGCUCGGCGCCGCUGUGCCCCGCGGCGCCGCGGCCGCGCCACGAGAUCGGCCUCAUCGACGGCGCCGCCUGCGAGGAGCGGUGCCCGCCGCGGGCGCUGCGGGAGCUGGAGGCCGAGUGCCGCAAGUACCCCGUGGUGGUCAUCAAGGACGUGCGGCUGCUGGAGCUGGGCGCGCUGCUGCCGCUCCUGCGGGAGCCCGGCCUCAACCUGCGCGUGAUCCAGCUCUUCCGCGACCCCCGCGCCGUGCACAACUCCCGCCUCAAGGCAAAGCAGGCGCUGCUGCGGGAGAGCAUCCAGGUGCUGCGGAGCCGGCACCGCGCCGAGCCGCGGGCGCCGCCCCGGCAGCAGCUGCUCCUGCCGCCGGCGCUGCUGGGCGGCGGGCGGGGGCCGCCGGCGCCGCCGGCGCAGCACCGCGCCGAGUUCUUCCUCGGCGGCGCCCUGGAGGUGAUCUGCCAGGCCUGGCUGCGCGACCUGCUCCUGGCCCGCCGCGCCCCGGCCUGGCUCCGCCGCCGCUACACGCAGCUGCGCUACGAGGACCUGGUGCAGGAGCCCCGCGCCCAGCUGCGCCGCCUCCUGCGCUUCGCCGGCCUGCCCGUGCCGCCCGCCAUGGAGGCCUUCGUGGUGAACAUGACCCGCGGCGCCGCCUACUCCUCUGAGCGGCCCUUCCUCAUCUCCGCCCGCGACGCGCGGGAGGCCGUGCGCGCCUGGCGGGAGCGGCUCAGCCGCCAGCAGGUGCGCCAGGUGGAGGCGGCCUGCGGCGAGGCCAUGAGCCUCCUCGCCUACCCCCUCAGCGGCGGCGACGGCCGGUAGCGGCCCAGCGACCCCAGCGGUCCCAACCGCCGCCGCCGCCUCGGCCUGCGCGCUCGCCC